AUGCUUUUAAAUUGGUGGCACUCAGCCUUAGCUUUGCCUAUUCAGGAAAAGCUUAUUCCAAUACAACCAUUAAGAGAUGAACAAUUACUUCAUCUUUCUAUUGAAAAUAAGCAAAAUAUUGUUGGAUUAUUAUCGCCAACAUUCCUCGAUUUGUAUUUACCUUCACAGCCAAACUUGUUGUCCACUUUACUUAUUCUUCUAAUUAUCACAGUAUUAAGCAUGCUUUUAUUAUUUACAAUGUUAGCACGUAUUCGUUUUAGUCGCUUUUUUGAUACUACACAAACACAAAAAUUGGAUGAGCUUCAUUCUCUGUAGCUGGAUUAAAUAGUAGCAAUAUUAAUCAAAGACGACAAGAGGGGCACAAAACAAACUUUCGUUGCCUAUUAUUCGCUCAUAUCCCUUUAUGGCUUUUAUUAUUAUUUGGGUGUAUUUUAUUUGCCUCUACA